CUGGAAACCCAGACCAUGUUUCAUCAGAAUAACUUCAGUUCAUGCGAGGAGGCGGAGAAGGAUAGACGACAGUGUCCAGCAUGAAUACACUUUAUAACGAAUCGAAUUGGAAUGAGGAAAUCCACGUGACGUAAGCUUGCAUCUUUGGCGUCCCAACUUCCCUGGUUACCAUGGAUACUAGCUGUUUUUCUGCGGGUGUCACUGGGCAGUGUGGUAUUCAGUGGAACACCCUGUUACACGGACAUCUGUUCCACUGAGAAGUUCUGUGAUGAUGGAGUGCGGCACUGCCGUCUGUGUGACGACAUCCGGGAUGACUGUAUGAAAACGUCGCUUCCGGCGGACUGCAUGUCAUGGUGUAUAGGCUAUUUGACGAACAAAGGCGUGGAAUCUAUCAUACAAAGAAACAAAGUUGCCGACUGUCCAGACCUCGGCCCGCUUGACCAUGGAAACUACUUAAAUGUUUCUAAUUAUCGUCACGGAACUAACGUUAAGUUUACGUGUGAUGAGGGAUACCGGCUGGUCGGCAUGAACACGUCAACGUGCGGGGACUUCAAGACAUGGUCCACUCCUGUGCCCGUGUGUGAAGAGGUUAAAGUGUUUGUUUCUGCCGGCUGGCGGAAUGCAACGGUCGUACAGGCGCCUUUCAUCGUUAUCCUUCUGUUUAUUCUGAUCCUUAUGGUGUUCUAUAUUGUUCGUCUGCGCAUGCGACAUACUCCGAAGGAUGAAGAAAGGGCGGUCAAUGGGGCAGCCUUCAACGCCGUAAAAAGUGCGGUCAUUUCUGUAGAUGAACACAAUGAAACGGAAAUAAGAAGUAACUCCUUGAAAUCAAAUCGUAGCGGAGAUUCUGGUAUAGAGAGCAGCCGCGAAAGCCGAACUGUUAGUGAAGAAAGAGGUGGUGACAUAGGAAGGGUCCUUGACACGGAACGCGAUACCUUAUCUGGAAGAGAUACACACGGACCUCUCAGAAUAGGAGCCGCAAGUGAAUUAAACAUAGAACAAAACGGCGGGAUAGGGAGUGCUCCUUCAACGCAGCGCGCCGAAAGUGAACCCAGUAUGGAGUCCAACGCGCCCACAAAAAGCUGUGACACAGGCGAAAGUUCCACAGGCGAACUUCCCACAGGCGAACGUCCCACAGGGAAACGUCCCACAGGCGAACGUCCCACAGGGGAACGUCGCACAGGCGAACGUCCCACAGGCGAAUGUCCCACAGGCGGACGUCCCACAGGCGAACGUCUCAAUGGAGAUAAAGGUCAAUUCAUGUAUAUUGACUACUCAACGAACGUGAAAAACGUAGAAAUCCACGUGAAGAGUAAUACUAGACAUAACCAUGAAACAUAUAACUACAAAUCAGGUGAUAAUAAUUCUUCGUCUUUGGCGUAUAAAUCUAACAACGACAGUAACAACGUCAAAAGCAACAACACCGAUACCGAUAACGACAACGUUGGACCUCGCAAUUCGGAAAUAGCGGCCGCUCCAACUGACGCAUCUAGCUGCACCGGCCGAAACUCGCCACAAACCGGAAACGUAGACCUCGAUCGCGCCGCUAAAAAACAAUUUCAAGAAGAUAUUAAGUUUGGAACUCCGGAAACGAAUCUGACGACUGAUGGCAUACAACCGGAAGAACAAGGUGGGCCGUUUGAAGUGAUCACAAAUGUUGAAGAUUCUUACCACGGGGUAUGUUCUCCUACCCAGCUGAAUGUCCGGCUAAGCGACGCGAGUGCCGUCCCCGGUGAUAACGCUACGGAUCCUGACAAUUCUGAGAGGGAGCCAUUGCUCACCAGCUAGCAGCGAUGGCAUUGUUUUACAAAUAUUUUCAAUCAACCAAUCCUUUUUACGUUGUGUGUGGUCGUUUUAUUUUAUUCCUCUUGCAGUGCCAUAUUUGGUUAUUUUUUGAAAUACCAGUUUGCUGUGAUCGCCAUAUUCGUCAUGUAUACCCAGGUUUUUAUUCAGAACUUUGUAGUGAUUGAUUUUUCUAAUAUUGAUAAGGUUUGAUUUUUGAACUCCCAUUUUAGUCUAUUUUGUUCAAAGCUAUCUGUGAUCAAAAUAUAUGUAUGUGAUAUAUUUGCUCAUUAUGUUCGUUUCACAUUUUAAAUUAGCAUUUUUAGUUCGUGUUGCGUAAUUGUUUGUGUUGUUGUUUUUAUAUUGUUUUACUUUAAUUUUUCAUUCCAUUAAAACUUUAUUCAUGUU